ACUGACUUCGCUGUAGUAAGGUUGUCAUUUCGUCCAUCUAUUGAAGAACGUGAUAGAUGAAUGAGAAAUAAUUAACAUUAUCGCAGCGAAGCCACUACAUCAUCUCUACUUCGAAAACGAUCACAAGCCACGAUUUGUCGAACCAGUGUAUCCGUUAAUAACGCUUCCAUACACCGCCAUGAUCGAUGUGGAAAACAAAGAUGGCGGAAUAAUAAGGUGAUCAUAACCAAACGUUGCGAAUUGUGGUAGUUAUGUGCGGUAGUGGGCGGAGGUCACAGCGGUGUCGCGGCGCCUGAGCGAGGGGGAGCUCCAUGGUCCGGCCGGGGUGAUGCCGCCGCGGCCAGCGGCCGGCCGCGCGGCUAUGGCGGCUGAAGAAAACCGUCCGCCACUCGCUCUGUUUACCGCCGUCUACGACUACAUAGCGCAAGGAGAAGACGAGCUCUCCCUGCGUAGAGGCGAGAUCGUUGAGGUCUUAUCGAAAGAUGCAAACAUAUCCGGCGACGAGGGUUGGUGGACGGGUAAAAUCGGCGACCGUGUUGGCAUCUUUCCCGCGGUCUAUGUCACAGAGGAGGACCCGUUAGCCGUCACCUCUGUGAUCGGAGAUGUGGACCCUCCGCGUGUUUCAUUCUCGGAGCUCAAGCUGGAAGAGGUCAUCGGAGUGGGUGGUUUCGGCAAAGUGUACCGGGGCUAUUGGAAUGACGAGGUGGUAGCGGUGAAGGCUGCGCGACAGGACGCUAACGAGGACAUUGAAGUGAUUAAAGAGAGUGUUCUGCAGGAAGCGAAACUGUUUUGGAUGUUGCAGCAUGAGAAUAUAGUGUCGUUAAAGGGUGUGUGUUUAGAAGAGCCAAAUUUGUGUUUGGUGAUGGAAUAUGCCCGGGGCGGCCCGUUAAAUAGGGUACUGUCUGGGCGCAAGAUCCGCCCGGGGAUCUUGGUAGAUUGGGCCAUACAAGUGGCCCGCGGUAUGGCCUACCUGCACGUCGAUGCACCGAUUUCACUUAUCCAUCGUGAUUUGAAGAGUUCAAACGUACUGUUAAGUGAGACGAUACUCCCGGACGACACGUUGGAGAACAAAACGCUGAAGAUCACGGACUUUGGUCUGGCGCGAGAGGUGUACAAGACCACCAGGAUGUCAGCGGCGGGCACGUACGCGUGGAUGCCACCUGAGGUGAUAAAGAACUCCACCUUCUCACACGCGUCCGAUGUGUGGUCGUACGGUGUGCUACUGUGGGAGCUCCUCACCGGGGAGACGCCCUACAAGGGGAUAGACGCGCUGGCGGUCGCGUACGGCGUGGCGGUGAACAAGCUGACCUUGCCGAUACCGAGCACGUGUCCGGAGCCCUGGAGGGUGCUGAUGGAAGCAUGCUGGCACUCGAAUCCUCGCGAGAGGCCACUUUUCCCGGAGAUCCUGGACCAGCUCGAUAGGAUCCGACAGUCGGAGUUCACGCGCGCACCCCACGAAUCGUUCCACACCAUGCAAGACGGCUGGAGGAUCGAGAUUGAGGAAGUGCUCCGAGAUCUACGGAGGAAAGAAAAGGAAUGCAAAACCAUAGAAGAGGAGCUGCGAUGCCGCGAAGAGGAAUUGACUCGAGCGCAACUUCAACAGCGGCUCGUUGAACAGAAUCUCGCGCAGAAGGAGAGAGAGUUGGAGAUGCGAGAGAUCGACCUGGCGGCGAGAGAGCUGCACAUACUGAUCUUCGCCAGCAACAUGUCCCAACAGCCGCCGCAGCCUAAUAAGAGGAAAGGCAAAUUCAGCAAGAUCCGUCUGCUGAAGAAGGACACGAUAUCGUCGCCGCUCGACUUCCGGCACACGCUGACCGUGCGGCAGAGCGACGACGAGGCGAGCGUCAAGCAGCUGGUCGCCGUCGCCAAGGACACGCCGCCCGGCUCGCCGGCGAUCAUGCGCGCGAUCGCACUGCCAGCGGACGGUGUGAAGGGCAAGACGUGGGGCCCGUCGACGGGGCACACGCGCACGCGCACGCACCUGCCGCUGCCGGCGCUGCACACGGGCCUUAUAAUAAGCGAAAUCGAAGAGACGAAGCGCAAGCCGCGCAAGUCCAAGUCGCAAGUGAGAGCGCCCAAAGCGGCCGCCGGCGCCGCCGCCAAGCGCUGCGGCUCGCACGACGACCUGCUGCGGGACGCGCCGCGCCCGCGCCUGCUGUGCCCCAUGUUCGCGAGCCCCGACCCGCGCGACGCCCGCGACCCGCGCGACCCCCGCGACCCCCCCGCCACCCACUACGACACGGUGUUCGGCGCGACCCCGCCGGCGGCCGCGCACGAGCGCCGCAAGGGCUCGCACGGCGACGUGCGCAACUUCCUCAAGAGCAUCCGCUCCAACAGCCUCGCGGGGCUGCUCGCGGUCGCCGGCUCGCUCUCCUCCGACACCACCGAGCUGCUGAGGGACGAUGCGGAACUGGAAACGGACGCGUUACUGCCGGCGUACGAUGGCUUCGGGUUCGCGCACAACACGUACCACGGGCCGACGCGCCACUUGCGGCCGCCGCUCACGCAUCUCGCUGACCAGAUAUCCAGCCUGCAGGUGGAGGAGCAGAAGCCACUCCGCUUCACGGACUCCCCAAGCCAGUACGCGCACGCGUCCUCCUCCUCCGGCUACGGGCACUCCGCGCAGCCGCUCUCCGGCACCUCCGGGCUCGGCACCAACUACACUUCCACGCAGCCCACCCCCUCGCCGCGGCGGACCUCCUCCUCCACGUCGGACCACCUGGCCGACCUCUACCAUAACUACAGGGAGAACUUCCAGCCGUCGCCCUCGCAGGAGCGGAUACAGGACUUCUACUACCGCCCGGAGUAUCCAUACGAUAGGACCGCGGACUACGUAGUCAAACACCCCUACUACGGUUACGACGAGUGCUCGUUUGAAUACAGGGAGCCGACCCCGGACUAUCGCCCCUUCACGCACAGGCGGACUCCGUCGAACUCGUCCACUUCCAACUCUCAUCCGGAGGAGUUCUCGCCGUCGCGACAGUUCCAGAAAUACCCGAAAAACAGGGAGGACUAUCGCAGCCCCAAAACGGAGUACCCGCGCAAGAACGACUACUCCCUGCCGCGGGAUUUCUACCGGGAGCAAGCGGAAGUGGAGCGACCGGCGAAUCUAGGUCUAGAGCUGGCGCCAACUAAACUGCGAUCCAGCUUAAAGAAAUACAAGAAGUCGUCCGCGUCGGGGGGCAGCUCCGGCGGGGGCACGCCCACCAACCCCACCCCCCCGGACAGCCUCACCAGCGAGACGGACAGCUCGUACGUGUCGGCGCGGGAUGCGUCCAGUGGCUCGCAGUCCAGAGUCAGAUUCAGCCCGGAAACAAUGGAAGGUCACCUUGAGAGGCGACCUUCGAGGCAAUCGUAGCGAAGGCUCAAGAAGUUCGACGACUAUCUCGUGUGACGUCGGACUGUUCUACUAGCUAAACGUGCAGUUAAGAUCCUUCGGAAUUAUCCAGGGUGCUUCAGAACUGCCCAGGAUGUUUCUGUAAUGCCCGGGGUGCUUUGGAAAUGACCAAGAUGGUUCGAAAAUACCUAGGAACUUUCAGAAAUAUCCAGGAUGCUUCGGAAAAGAUCCUGCGCUGGAUGCUUCAGCAAUUCACGGAUAUGCGAAUUUUCUAUGCAACUGUAGAAAGAAAAGUUUUGUAAAACUUGUAGGUUUGAAUUCGUAAGUCGAUGGUGACUGUUUCUUUUGACUUUCAGAUAUAUUACAGUUUCUGAAUAUGACAUUUGAUAUAUAAUUUGUGUGAUGUGGAGUUGGUAAAAAUACUUUUGACUGAUGUUAUAGAGUUCUGACAUAGUUUUGGUAUUAUCAUGUUAAUCAUCAUUGUCUGUCUGUUUGUAUGUAUGAAAUGUUUAAGAUGGUUAAAUUUUGGUAGCAUAUUAUGUUUGAUUAUCAACCGACUUGAAAAAUGACGUUCUCUUUCUAACUGUAUGUUUUGUGUUUAAUUUUGAUGAUUCUUUAACUAUGUGAAAGCUGAUAGCCCUAGGGAGCCAUUUGAUGUGGUGUUGUUCUACAAUUCGACACUUAACAGUAUUGCAAUAUGAAAUUACGUUAUAUUCCUAUAUGUUUUACCUUGCCUUUACAGACUGGACUGUUAUGCUGUUAUGCAGUAUUUUGUAAAUAAAUAACAAUAAACAAUAUUAAACCGCUUAAAUGUUUCACACAUAACAACUUCACUAUAUUGUCAAGUUAUGAGCUAUAUGAUAUUAAAAACGAGCGCUUACGAUAUGGUACUUUUAUAAUGACAAAAUUUAUUGAAUGUAAUGAUUGAUUUAGUUAAUGAAUAUCUUAGUCAUAUUGCUGUCCCGUUCCCGCAAUGUAUAAUAUGAUAAGAUAGAGCAGGACGGACCUCAAUUAUUUUUUAUAUAGGGAUUGUGUUCAUUAUAAUAUUGCUUUGUAUUAAAUGUAUUGUAUCGUAAAAUAACUCUAACAGAUUUGAUAAAAAUACCUUAAUAACUAUUGUAACAUGAUACAAAAGCAAAUGAUGGCAAAAAAUAAGAAAUUUAAUUUUCUUUAUCCUUGAAAAUUAAAAUACAGCUUUUGAUUGCAAUAUUAAAUAUACAUGCAUAGUAAGAUUUUGAUAAAAAUCGUUUUGCGUCUCGUUCCAUAUUGUUAACUACUCGUCUGUCCUUACGAACUGUUGGGAUUUUAUUUAUUUAUUUUUAUUUUUAUUUUAUUCAUAAAAGCACCUUACAGCUUUUAAUAAGAUAAUCAUUUUAAACAUCAAAAAAACAAAAUGCAUAAUAAAUAUCAAUUGAUAGAUUCGCAAAGAUUUGCGUCAGAAAAAUU